AUGGAACAGUCUUCCAGCGCUAGCCAGCGUCAGCCUUCAUCCCGUUUCACAAAUACUAAUGACAAACACUCAUCUGAAGCAGGACUAUCGAGGCCAGACGUUAGCACAACCACAAACGAAAAGACUACUAGUCUUAAAAGCCCACGCCCAUGGAACUACUAUUCAAGUUUGAGUGGUGAUGAUGAUUAUGACGAUGAUCGACCAAAUCUUCGUUCAAAAAGCACGAAUAUAGUGACCUCCCUGCGAACCUCUAGUCUACAACAGAGCACAUCAAGAAAAAGAAAAGCUCCCAGCGGUAUCGAACCCCCCUCGAAGCUUAUCAUUCAUGAAUCAUGUAUACCAGCAGGUGCCUUGUCUUCAAAUUUUCAAUCGAUUAAAACAAAAGUCGAACUUCUCGGGAUGCAGUACCCCGAUGAUUUACCAUACACCGUUACUUAUUCGCGCAACCAUAAGAUCCUAUAUCUAGAGUGUCAAGAAUGCAAUAAGUCAUUCAAUCUCUUGAAAGGUUUAGAAAUCCUUGCAGUUCACGCAAGUAGCGAUUUCCAUUCAGCGUGCGUCGAUGAACGGUUACGAAAAUUAGAGGCGGAUGGCUUCAGGAGGCAAUUAACCAAAGAAGUUAUGGCACGAGAAAAGACCAUGCAUUCUUCGCGCGCGUUUACUACAACAAUGGGAUUCCAAAGACCGUGCCGACCAAAACAGGCUUCGAGGCAGCAAUUUCCGGAACUUGCGCCGUCAGAAAACUUUGAAUCUAUUUCAGUGAAAGAAGAGGUCGCAGAAAAAUCCUCCCACUCUCAGCCAGACACUGAUCGAAUUGCUAUAUUGCAAGAAGAGAUCAAAACCCUCACAACAAAAGUCACCAAUCUGGCUGGUUUUGUCGAAAAUCAUGAGCUACUUACCAGUCACAGUAGCACAGCUAACGACGCCGCCCUCAUCGAGGAUCUGAAGAAGUCCAAGGGGACAAUGAUGAAGCGUCUAGCUACAUCUGAGGAACGUUUGGCUGUCUUGGAGGAACAGAACGACAGACUGGUUUCUAAGAUCAAGGAACUAGAAAGAAGAUAA